AUGCAUCAUACGCGCUCAGCCGCCAUGCUACGCCGCUACAUCUCAACUCCCACCAUGGCCCCCUACCCUCCCCAAGACACCCUCAACACCUUCAACGUCUUCGAAGAAGAUCCAAUAGUAUCAGCCAUAACCCUCGCCACCUCCCUCCUCAUCAUCAUCGCCUUCCUCGCCUUUCUAACGCACCGCGCCGUCGUGCAUCGUCGCAAGGAUAGACUGUCCCGCAUCGAGAGACUCCAAGCAGCGAGGGAGGAGGCGAGGUACUGGGCUCCGCUGGAUUUGGAGCCGGGUUGGGAUGGGAGUGAGGAUGAGGGGUGGGGGCUUGAUGGCUUGGAGGAUGGGGUUACGGGGAGUGUGGAGAGGGUUCAGAUGAGGAGGCUGGAGGCGGAGAGGAGGGUGAGGGAGUUUGGGGAUGGUGAUUGGGAGGAGAUUGAGGUCGUGGGGGGUUAUUUGCAGCAGUUGUGA